CUACUAGAGAUCUAUGGAGAAAUCACAAAGGGCUUCCUCUAUAAGAAGAGAACAGCAACUAAAGCAAUGUUUAAAAAAAGGGGUUAAAUGAGAAAGAGCUCUAUACACAGGGCAUAACAGAGAGAGCCAAGGAGAGAGAACAAAUAUGUUGAUUAAAGGGGAGGAAUAAAAGAGAGAUAGCGAGAGAGAGAGACAAAGCGGGAGGAGAGAGAGAGAGGCAAACGAGAGAAAAUGGGUUGGGCAGUGAGCAGAGGAGGAGGUUACUGCAGUAGUGUGUGUAGUCAGAGCCGAGGACGAGGACAACAAGAGGACAGAACACCCUUCUUACUGUCAUAUGCCAAUAGGGAUGAACACACAGCUAAAGUCCAUUUGAGGAGAGCUGCUGUCAGACUGCCAAGCCAGCUACGCCACACACACACACCACACACACACCACGCCAGGGAGAGAAAGGUUGAGAGAGACGGGAGGAAGCAAAGAGGGUAGAAGAGAGGGACAUAGAAAGUGGGAGUGAAAGAGAGAACCAGGAGCAAGCAGAGAGGAUCAAGAACAACAGAACCAGGAGCAAACAGAGGGGAUAAAGAACAACAGAACCAGGAGCAAACAGAGAGAAUAAAGAACAACAGAACCAGGAGCAAGCAGAGAGGAUAAAGAACAACAGAACCAGGAGCAAACAGAGAGAAUAAAGAACAACAGAACCAGGAGCAAACAGAGAGGAUAAAGAACAACAGAACCAGGAGCAAGCAGAGAGGAUAAAGAACAACAGAACCAGGAGCAAACAGAGAGGAUAAAGAACAACAGAACCAGGAGCAAACAGAGAGAAUAAAGAACAACAGAACCAGGAGCAAGCAGAGAGGAUAAAGAACAACAGAACCAGGAGCAAACAGAGAGGAUAAAGAACAACAGAACCAGGAGCAAACAGAGAGGAUAAAGAACAACAGAACCAGGAGCAAGCAGAGAGAAUAAAGAACAACAGAACCAGGAGCAAGCAGAGAGGAUAAAGAACAACAGAACCAGGAGCAAACAGAGAGAAUAAAGAACAACAGAACCAGGAGCAAACAGAGAGAAUAAAGAACAACAGAACCAGGAGCAAGCAGAGAGGAUAAAGAACAACAGAACCAGGAGCAAACAGAGAGGAUAAAGAACAACAGAACGAGGAGCAAACAGAGAGGAUAAAGAACAACAGAACCAGGAGCAAACAGAGAGAAUAAAGAACAACAGAACCAGGAGCAAACAGAGAGGAUAAAGAACAACAGAACCAGGAGCAAACAGAGAGGAUAAAGAACAACAGAACGAGGAGCAAACAGAGAGGAUAAAGAACAACAGAACCAGGAGCAAACAGAGAGAAUAAAGAACAACAGAACCAGGAGCAAACAGAGAGGAUAAAGAACAACAGAACGAGGAGCAAACAGAGAGGAUAAAGAACAACAGAACCAGGAGCAAACAGAGAGAAUAAAGAACAACAGAACGAGGAGCAAUCAGAGAGGAUAAAGAACAACAGAACCAGGAGCAAACAGAGAGGAUAAAGAACAACAGAACCAGGAGCAAGCAGAGAGGAUAAAGAACAACAGAACCAGGAGCAAACAGAGAGGAUAAAGAACAACAGAACCAGGAGCAAGCAGAGAGGAUAAAGAACAAGAGAAGCAGGAGAAAGAAGAAACUGGUGUUUUGGCUGUCUUCUAGCUGUGGGACCUUUUGGCGGGUUGCUGUUACUGUUUUUGAUUCCUUUAGGAAAAGACUUAACUUGUUCCCUUACCGUCGGCACACUGAGUCAGCCAGAGACAGCAGACGGAGGCAGGAUGAUCAAGUCCAGUUGGUUCUAUGUCAAGUUCAAAUACAACGAAAAGCUGAAGCCAGGCCAGAACAACUGCAAGGACAGCGACAGCGAGAGCGUGAGCGGAGGGUCCAAGCCUUUUGUCGGAAGCAGCUCCAGAGAUAGGCUGAGUGACUGUGACAGUGAGAGCGACCAGGAAGACAAGGGCUCUGAUGCCAGCUCAGAGAAAUUCUUCAGCACUGCUGCAGUUAAAGUUCCAGAUUUCAGCGUCGAUGCGCUGUCCACCAAUGACAUCCAGGAGCGUGGCGGCCUGGGCCUCCCCAAGGUGUCAGGCCUAGAGCGCAGCCAGGAGAAGAGCCAGGAGAGCUGCAAGGACGUCCCUGUGCUUUCCCCCGCUCCCAGUGCCCCCAAGCAGCCGCUACCCCCGCAGCCCUAUACGGCUGGCCGCCCUCGGCCCCUGCCUCUGUCCCUACCCACCUCUCAGGCCCAGCCCUCUCUCCCCGGCCCCCUUCUGGCACAGGCCCCGGUCCACCAGCCCCCACGCUCAGAGGCUUCUCUCAGGCCUCAGAUCCCCGCAGCCCUGCCUCUCGCUCAGGGAUCAGAGCCUUCGCAGGCCCCCCCGCCCAGGCCCCAGCACCAGCCUGAGUCCCGGCCCCAGCGCCAGUCUGAGCCACUGUCCCACCCCCGGCCUCCGCCCAGUGUGCACCCACACCCCGCCCUACUGUCCCACCACCCCAGCCAGAGCCAGGCCGGGCCUCAACGCCUCCCCUCACACUGUGGGGCCCACCCUCGCCCCCUAUCUGCCUACAGCAGCAGCCUUAGCCUUAACGGCCUCAGCAGCAGUCGGAGUAGUACCCCGGGCGGUACCAAGCCCCACGGCCCUGCUGGUCCGUCCUCACACCUACCCCACCUCCCACCUUCCGGUUCCGCCACUACAGCCACGGCCUUCCCCCUGCCCCACCCAGCCAAUCAGAUCUCUCUCCACGGUUUCCCCCCCGCCCUGCAGUCCUCGCCACACCCCCACCACCCCAAUAUGUUUGCGCCUCCACCAGCCUUGCCCCCACCUCCGCCACUGACGUCUAGCACCCUGCCAGUCCCCGGAGGACACCCCACCGCUGGGACGCCCUAUUCAGAACAAGACCUGCUACGCCAGGAGCUCAACAACCGUUUCCUCGCCUCGCAGAGCGCCGACCGCGGGGCCUCCCUGGGCCCGCCCCCGUACCUGCGCACCGAGCACCACCAACACCAGCACCAGCACCAGCAUCAGCACCAACACACGCACCAGCACACCCACCAGCACACCUUCACCCCCUUCUCCCACGCCAUCAUGCCUACCCCUGCACCCCCCAUGGUGCGUACCCCAGCCAGAAAUUUUGAAAAAUUCCCAACAAAAGUUGACCCUUUCUACAGACACAGCCUGUUCCACUCUUACCCCCCGGGCGUGUCCGGCAUUCCACCGGUGAUCCCUCCAACCGGGCCCUUUGGCUCGCUGCAGGGGGCCUUCCAGCCCAAGACUUCUAACCCACUGGAUGUGGCCUCAAGACCUGGAGCAGUCCCACACACACUCUUACAGAAGGACCCCAGGCUAACGGAUCCGUUUCGGCCCAUUCUCAGGAAACCAGGGAAGUGGUGUGCCAUGCAUGUCCAUAUGGCCUGGCAGAUCUACCACCACCAACAGAAAGUCAAGCAGCAGAUGCAGGUCGACCCGCACAAGCUGGACUUCGGGCUCAAGCCGGAGUUCCUGAGUCGACCCCCCGGCCCCAGCCUCUUUGGCGCGAUGCACCACCACCACGACUUAGCACGUCCCGCCACACUCUUCUCAGCAGCAGGUUCUACACACCCGUCAGCCGGACCGUUCGGCCACCCGUCCCACCACCCCGGCAACUUCCUCACCCCUGCACCUCACUUAGAGCCAUUCAGUAGGCCUCCCUCGUUUGGAGGUCUCUCAUCUCUCAGCACAGCAGCCUUCGGUGGGCUUGGAAACCCAGCACUAAAAUCUCUAACAGCGCCUAACUCUGUGUUUGGCCAUAAAGACAACCCCAAUGCACAGCAGCACUUCAACAACAACCACGAGCCAUGGAACCGGCUGCACCGCACACCACCCUCCUUCCCCACCCCUCCGCCUUGGCUCAAACCUGCCGACUCGGAGAGGAGCGCCUCAGUCAGCUCCCAUGAGAGAGACAGAGACUCAGACAAGCGAGACACGUCCUCCAUCAACAAAGACGACAAGGAGAGGGAAGCCAUGGAGAAGCGUCACCAGAGCCAUCCGUCCCCAGUCCCCAUUAACCCUAUCAGCCAACUGGGUCACAGCCGUCCCCCAGAGCCUCAAAAGAACCACCUGCCCCCCAGUGAACCCCCCAGGGACAAGGACAAGCCCAAAGACCGAGACAGGGACCGGGAGCACCCCGACUCCUGGAAGCUCAACGGCACAGACGAGCACAAACUCAAAGAGAAUCACCACAGCGACAAGGAUACAACACCAAUCAUCCACGAUGGGCGGGUGACUGAGGACAAGGCCAACGGUAGAGGAACGACCUCACCCUACAUCCGCCAGACCAGCCUGGACCGGCCCAACGGGGGGCUGGGGAGGGGGGAGAGAGAGGCCCUGAUGGAGAAGAAGGGAGAGCUGCCCUCUCCAUACGAGCACCACAAGAAGAACAACAACGAGGUGAAGGUAAAGGAGGAGAGGAAAGAGGAGCAGGACAGCCCUACGGACAGGGACAGACCCCCCUCUCACCCUCACCUCCACCCACACCUGCCCCAGGUGCCCCUCACGCCCAGCCUCCACACCCACCACCACCCCCCUUCCUCCAUGGCGAUGCCCAUGGGCAUGGCAGGCGUCCACCCAAUGAACAGCAUCAGUGGCCUGGAGAGGACUCGAAUGGUGGCCCCCUUCUUGGGCAUCAGCCCCAUUCCGGGGGCAGAGAGGUUCCCCUACCCAGCCUUCCACUGGGACCCCAUGAGGGACCCCUACAGGGGCCUAGACAUCCACAGACGGGACCCUCUGGCCAGGGACCUGCUGCUGAGAAACGACCCCCUGCAUCGGCUGGCCGGGCAGCGCCUCUACGAGGCAGAACGCUCCUACAGGGACCGAGAAGCUCAUGACUUUAACCGCGACCACCACCACCCUCUAGCCCUGGAGCAGCGCCGGGAGCAGGAGGCCCGGGCACACUUUGAGGAGCGUGAGCGGUUGCACAUGCUCAGAGAAGACUACGAGCACGGCCGCCUGCAUGCCGCCAUGCACCACCCGGCCCUGGACGGCCACCUGCCACACCACCACGCUGGCCUCAUGGUCCCCGGAUUACCCAGCAUGCACUACCCCAGGGUCAGCCCUUCGGCCGCCGCUGCAGCUCACGCCGCCCACCAGAACGGUAUCCUGAACAAAACCCCGCCCACAGCCUCCCUGAGUGCCCCGCCCCCCCUCAUCCCCACGCUGGGUGCCAGGCCUGGCUCCCCCAGACGGACUACGCCCCUCACCACAGACAUCAGAGACAGACCAUCGGCACACAACCACAAAGACAUAGAGGCACGGUGAGCAGAGUGGGGCGCAAUCCUCACCCUGGAUUGGAGGCAGACUACAGGCAUACUCUGCCCUGUGCCUCACACCAAGCACUUAGCUUUGGGAACAGCAGACUGUACCAUAGCUGUGAAUAAUAUGUGGGGGAGAACACCCACAGAUUAUGUUUUUGUUAAAAAAAAAAAAGUUGUGUGUGUGUGGGGGGGGGGUUGCUCCAGUUUGCUCCUGCUUUCUGUGUGUAUUAUUUCUCUUGUACAGAACGUGUCCUGGACUACCCUGAAGGUGUGUAGGGCAAUGGAAACGGCACCCUCACAAAGACGUUUUGGAAUGUACAGGUACUUCAAUGCAUUGGCAGGCAGCAGAGUGUGUAGAUAUGUGUACAGUCGACAUGCUCACUCCUUAAGGAACAAAUCAUGGUACAAAUAUGCAAAAGGGUGUUUUGAAAGCUUUACUUUGAACAAAUGUAAAUAGAGGACUAUUAUUAAUGAGGAAGUUCAGAAUGUGCUUUUUGCUGAUUGGUUUUAGCUUGACGCAGCUGAAAAGGUUAACAUUGUACCACCAUGCCCCACAUUCAACUAUGCAACAAAUGUCUUGGCUUCUACUCUGAAAGCCAGCCUGGUCACCAUCCCAACGGACUCUGACAAAACUGUAUUCUCUCCACAACCUAGAUCUCACAAACCCACAGUACUCAUAGAAAAUGUUGUGCAAACGUUAAACAAUUUUAUUAAAUAUGAUACAAAAGUGUGGUAACAAAAUUCCCAUUAUAGAGCUAUUCAUUUUGCAGAGGAAUUCCAAUGCCUGAAGUCACAGUGGUUCCCAACUUGUUUCCCUUACUGUACCACCAAGUGAAUUUUGCUCUGCCCGGAGUACCCCCUCAUGUGCAUUUUACCAGUAAGCCUAUGGUCUAAAGAGUCUUCACAAGUACCCCCUGGAUAGGCCAAGUAUCCCCAGGGGUCCUAGUAUGUCUGGUUGGGAACCACUGACCUAACAGAGAAAGGUUGAUAGAAAGUGAGAGAGAUCACUUACUCCAACAACUCAACUCCUACCACCAUUUUUGUUUUGGAGAGAAUACAGCACAUUUACAAAAAGACCCCACAUUUUCCCCUCUAAAGGAGUGUACAGUAUGUGUUUGGACAUAAGUUAUGUUGGUCUAACAGUGUAUUAAAGUGCUAUCCUAAGCUGUUGUAUCUACAAAAAUAAAAAAUAAAGACAAAAAAGCCAGUCUAAACUAUGGACAGUUUGUUUCUAAAGAGCAGAUAUCUAUUUUAGUAGUCCACUGAAGGUUUAGUUGUGCGCUUCAAAAACUCUGUGAGAGCCAGAUGUUGUGCAGUGUUUUUUUUUAACCCACAUUAAAAAUGUCCACUGGAGCCGUAGUGGUUAGUCAAUGCAUAUUGCAAAGAGAUUGUAAACAAGAAAAACAAUUUUGCUGUUUAUCAUGUAUGUAAAAAAAAAAAACUGUCUUUCUAGAUGAGAAAAAAAACAAAACAAAACAAAUGAUGCGACUGACUCUUCAGCUCCUCAUUUAAACGUGUGUUAUGUCAAUUGUGCCAUGUUAUUAAAAAAUGUGAAC